AUGCCUACUCGAAAGACCCAAAAGCCGUCCCGAUCGCACCGCUCGACCCUCUCCCUCCAGAAGACCGAAAUCCUCAUCAACGUGUACGACCUGCUCCCGCCAGGCCGGAUGGCCUCCAUCCUCUGGCACAUGGGCACCUCGCUGCUCCACUCGGGCGUCGUGAUCAACGGCAAGGAAUACGCCUACGGCGGCCACGACCAGCCCGGCGUCACGGGCGUGUACUGGACGAGGCCGAAGACGGAGCCGCCGGGCGGCACGUUCCGGUGCGAGUACCUGCACGGCUUCACGCUGGCGCCGCAGAACGAGAUCGACGCGAUCGUGCGCGAGGCGUCCGAGGCCUUUCUGGGCACGGCGUACAACCUCCUGACCCGGAACUGCAACCACUUCACGUCGUACCUGUGCGAGCGGCUGACGGGCAAGCCCGCGCCGGGCUUCCUGAACCGCGCGGCGAGCAUCGGCGUCGCCCUGCCCUGCGUGGUGCCCAAGGAGUGGAUCGAGGUGCCGGACUAUGAGACGGCGGAUGGUGCGCUGUUGGAUGAUGAGGAUGACGACGACGACGACGACAGGGACGAGCGGCUGCGGCAUCACGGCGAGAGGGCGAGGAUGCUGCGCUCGUCGGACGAACUGCCGCGGCUGGUGGGACAUGAGGGGCGGCGAAAUACCGAGGAGGAGUGGGAUAGCGAAGACGAGCGUCGGCGGGGCGGCAGUGGCAAGGGGAAGGGCAAAGCCCCUGUAAGAGACGCGGCUGGAAGGACUCUCCCUCCUGCGGAGAGAGCGCCGACAACAUGA